AUGAUACGUUACAGCAGGAGCAAAGGAUCGAUCCCACGACACCAGCUGGUAUUUCUCUUGGAUGAAACAUCUACAAAAGCUCCUGCAGCGCAAAAGUUCAAGAUGCAAGCAGGCGCUGGCAGAAUACAGAAGAGGGUAUUGGAGCGCGGGAAGGAAGCAGUGGGAUACAAAAGUGAAGCCCUUGGGGAGGGAAGAGGACGAUGCCUUGACACGGAGGCAGAAGAAUUGCUCCCUCAGGGUGUUGACCUCGAGUAUCACACAGGGCAUGUAGAGACAUCGCAUUUGGCGGAGGAAGCUGCUGCUGACGAUGUCUCGGGCUCUGAAGAGGGCACAGGCUCCAGUAGCAGCAGUGGUGUCAGCAGUGGCACUGCAGAAUGA